AUGGGUAAGAAGCGCAGGCUGAACAAAUUCAUAUCGAAGUGGAUAAAAAGCGAUCUGCCCGACGAUCGCACCACCGUCUUGCUGCUCGGCGUCACCAGGAUACCGACGUCACCCUUGGCGUCGCGACGGCCCUUCCCUCCGGCCUCCGGCGCCCUCACGGCGAGGAGGAACUCUUCGAGGGGGGCGGACAAGAAAGGCGUUGUCGUCGUGAGAAGACAUUCCUCGAAAAAGACCGAGGGGAGGGACAGAGUGCAGGUACGGAACCCUGCGUCGCACCAUCAACAACAGAACGUGGCUGAGGCGCCAUCUAACGGCCUACCAGACAAAUGCGCUGAAGGCGCAACAGACACGGGGAAGUCGAGUGACGGCGUCGAGAAAAUACAGGUGGCGAUGGAAAAGUCCGUGGACUCCAUAGGGACGUGCUCCUUGGACUUGGAGAGGUCUGUGGACUUGUCUUCAGAUCUGUCCGAGAUAUCGUCAACAGGCACACUGCGCAGCCGCGACCUUUCCACGCCUCCCGCUUCCUUCCACCACCAACAACACCCCCACCCCCACCACCACCAUCACCACCUACCCUCCUACUUGAGCCUAGCGUGCGCCGUUAACGGAUAUUCCACUUCGACGCACUACGACCCCUCGCGUCUGCUGUCUAGAUCGAGGGAUGUUUCGCCUCAUCGCAUCGACAGCGACCAUCAUCUGACCACCGUCGACGACAAGGGCUGUUCUGCCACCUAUUGCCUGAAGGACAACUUGCUGAGUCCGCCUAAUUUGGUGCCGCUACCGGGCAGAAUAAAGAGCCGCAGCCCCAUCAUGGAGAAGGCCAUAGCGAUGAAUAGGCACGGGGAGUUUUACAGCUCUAUGAAAACCUCGACAUUCAUCAGCAAAGAAACCUUCACCGCGGGCUUAUUCCCGACCAUAGCCAAAGACACCACCGAUGGUUGUAUGGAAAAUGGCCAUCACAGGAUACAGAGCAAAUGCGUAAGCUUCGAGAGUAAAAGUGUCACGAAUCUCAACGGAAAAACGAAGUGCGUUUCCGAGACUUCCAUGAAGCAAGAAUAUACCAAUGGUUCGGAAACGAAAUCGUUCAUCCAGCAGCGCGUCGAGCGUCUGUACGGCCCCGGAGCCCUAGCGCAAGGCUUCUUCGUCACCACCAGGUCGCCCUCGAAGAAGCGCCUGUCGGAGUCCGAGGACGACUCUAAGCCGCCUGCCAACGGCGACAGGCACUCCAAGUCCAUGCAGGACAGGCUGCUCGAAGACUCUUCGCCGUCCGAACCGGGCAUGCGGCAGAGCACCAGCAGCCCCACGUUGCCCGUGAUGCGCCACCUGCGUCCCGAGUUCAGGGCGCAGCUGCCCGCUGUGGGGGGCGUGGCCAAGAGGGCGGGGCCGGCGACCGGCGUGGGCGCGAUGGCGAAGAGCGUCACCGUGCCCGAGCUGAAGGACGAGGGGGAGGGGCUGGCAGGGGGCGUGGUCGCGGCCAAGGAGGCGGUGGGCGUGGCGGAAGGCGGGUCUGUCGGGAACGGUAGCGUUGAAAAAGACGGCCACUAUUUCUUGCUGAUAUUGGAAGACCAGACCAAGAGACUUCUGGAGUUGGCAGCUAGGGUAGAAAACGACAUGUUGACUGCAGAUUUGUCCGAGGAUCUCAUCGGUUUGCUCAGAUCUACUUCCGGGAAGGCUAGACUGCUGGUCAACCAGAAAAUGCAGCAAUUCAGAGGACUGUGCACCAAUAACAUCAAUAGAAGCGCCGGCGAAGCCUUCCCCACCACCAACGAGGACCUGCAGGGCUUCUGGGACAUGGUGAUGCUGCAGGUGCGCCAGGUCGAUGCGCUCUUCGGAGAUAUCGACGAGCUGCGCGCCAACGGUUGGCGGGAGGUGCCUAAAACGCGCCCCAAGCCCGCCAACAAUGGCACCGCCAAGAGCAGAAGGGCGGUCGUGGCGCCGCCCAAAGCGCGGGUACCGACUGCGGCGAGCGAGGAGGCCAGAAGGCAACGUGAGGCGCAACGAAAGAAGCUGAUAGAGGAUAGGAGGAGGGCGAUGCGCGAAAGCAAGUCCCAGGAGAGUAUCGAAAUUUUCGUGCCAGAGACCAGCUGA